AGGCAUUCUUAUCACCGCUCACACUAUGAUCCUCCACCGAGCCGACAGGCUGGAGGUCUGCCCCGCUUUCCCGGGGCCAGAAGUCACCGGGGAGCACUCAUGGAUUCGCAGCAAGCCUCAGGGACCAUCGUGCAGAUCGUCAUCAAUAACAAACACAAGCAUGGACAAGUGUGUGUUUCCAAUGGAAAGACCUAUUCCCAUGGCGAGUCCUGGCACCCAAACCUCCGGGCAUUUGGCAUUGUGGAGUGUGUGCUGUGCACUUGUAAUGUCACCAAGCAAGAGUGCAAGAAAAUCCACUGCCCCAAUCGAUACCCCUGCAAGUAUCCUCAAAAAAUAGACGGAAAGUGCUGCAAGGUGUGUCCAGGUAAAAAGGCAAAAGAAGAACUUCCAGGCCAAAGCUUUGACAGCAAAGGCUACUUUUGUGGAGAAGAAACAAUGCCUGUAUAUGAGUCUGUAUUCAUGGAGGAUGGGGAGACCACCAGAAAAAUAGCACUGGAGACAGAGAGACCGCCUCAGGUAGAGGUCCAUGUUUGGACCAUUCGAAAAGGCAUCCUCCAGCACUUCCAUAUUGAGAAGAUCUCUAAAAGGAUGUUUGAGGAACUCCAUCACUUCAAGCUGGUGACCAGGACAACGCUGA